CUUGUCCACUCGUUCGUUUGUGUCUGACCAGCCGUGAGAAGCUUGAAGAGAGCAAAUGAUAUAGGGAACUGUCCUCGAGACAAUAAGUGCUACCCAGUGGAGAAGCUAUUCUCAGAGUAUAUUCAGACCUUCAGCCUUCUUUAUAAAUAAAAGUGCCUCACAAUAGAGCUGUAAGUGCAAACAAUUGCUAAGAAAAACCAGAGAUCGGAUCAUUUACCGUGUUUUUCUUUGGUGGUUCUACAAGAAUAUGCUCUUGACUUAUAAGAGAGGAGUUACUGCAGUGAUGAUGUCUUCAUAUCUCUCCAGAAGUAUGCCAGGGUAACAUAGCCAAAAUGUUUGAUGUGAUGACAAGAGCAAGAAUGUGGUUUCUCGCUGAGUAAGUGCGCUGGCUCCCUGCUGUCGAAAUCAAACUAGCCGGCUGCAAGAAAGAGAUGUUUCGAACUCGAAACACCACACAACAUGAACUCUAAGACAGGUGUACCAGAAAAUCUAAGAAGACUAGACUGAGGUCUCAUUCAUAUCUGUUCUGCACAUUAUAGACUUUUUGAGAUUGUCCAUGAGCAGCGAAAUCAUUCAAAUCUGCAACUAUUAUAGACAUCUCAAAAUUCGUAUCACAUAGGUUCUAGUUGGGUAUUUUUCUGUACUGUGUGGAAAGAACUAGCAUCAUGCCGACGACAAUAAAAGUUGUACUGCCGGCUACGCAGGCAGAAGACACAAGUUCCGUCACUGAAGACUUGUUCGAGAGCAGCAGCAGCACUGCACCCACAGACAUUCAAUCUGUGGACGAGCUGGACAGGCCUGAUAUGGGCGGUUUAUCCCUGUCUUUGGGGUCACCUCAGAAUAAUAUGAAGGUCAAUGAUGAAAGGUCUAACUCCCUCCGACCUACAAAAGUGAAUAACAACUUACAUCACCAUCGCUUUUCUCACCGACGAAAACAUAGGCAUAGAGAAAACAAAAACUUAAACAACAACAGCAGUAACAACUGUGGUUCAGACGCUAUUCAGGAGGAGCAGCAGCGGCGAACGUUGCAGCAGACACAACUUCAGAUGAGCGAUGACUACGGCCCAAACAAACCUGUCCAGGCGAAGACGUCGAAUCAACGGCCUCACAGACGCCCAGCUUCUGCAGCUGCCAGGUUGGGCAGCCACCCGACGUUGAUCUAGAGUACCACGAUAUCAUGUUGAAAGCCCUUCGCUCCUACACCCAGCACCGCCACAUAGAACAGAGGGGUGGCGGCGGCAGCAAAGCUAGGGCUGUUGGUAACAUGCAGAAACUUAAAACCCGUGUCCAAAACCUUCAGAACUUGUUAUCCCAACCCUCUUCUGUUGUUGAAACUGAAGGAGAAUUAAGAUGCAUUCUCGAUAACAACGGUGUCUUAGACGAAAACGGCAACAAUCUAAGCGAAGACACCUUCUUAGAUCAUUCUGACCCCCCUAAAACUUUUAAACUAGCCCAGUGCAGACUUCAGUACCACGACGAAGAGGCGUGGGCAGAAAGGAGGAAAUCUUUAAACUCGAAUAGUAAAACUACAGAACAUAAACCAGUGUCAAGAGCACCGCCUGGGACGGUUCUGCUGUACCCACCAGCUACCAGUGAUGGGAUCAAGGCUGACUCCUCAGGUCACGUCUUUAGACCUCCCCCGAGCAAGCGAGAACAGAAAAGGCCAUGGACAGCUCUUCCUUGCAAAUUUUCUGACUAUAUAACCAGAUCUCCGAACCUCAGCCACCAAUACAGUGCUUUGUCUGAGAACAACCAAAG